AUGGAAGAUUAACUAUAAAAUAAAAUAUUUAAAGUAUGUGAUGUUGGGGUAGGAACUCAAAUAAAUCCAGAUUAAGAUAAUACAAUCAAUAGAAGUAUUAUAGGAACAAAAACAUAUAUGGCUCCUGAAAUUUAUGAUAAUUUAAAUGAAUAAUUUAGCGAAUAUAAUCCUUUUAAAAGCGAUGUUUUUUCUUUAGGGCUUCUUUUUAUAGAAUUAUGUACUUUUGAAAAUAUUGGUCUUUACUAAAUUAUAAAAUAAAUGCUUAUUUAUGAUAAAAACGAAAGACCUUGUUUCUUGAAAAUAUAAGAAUUAACUAAAAAUUUGAAAAUAAGAAGUUAUAGUAUGUUUUAAUUUGCUAAAUAAAAGUCUCAUUAAAUAUGGGAAGGAAUUCUUUCAAAUACUAACUUUAAUUAAUAAAUUUAGGAAAUAAUAGAUAAUAAUUGUAGCUAUUUAAAAAUCAACUUAGAUAGAUUUGAAACAGAAAAAUAAUAAUAAGCACUAUUAUUGUUAAGAGAAUAAUUAGCUAAGCUUAAAUUAGUUAAAUACUAUUUUAUUAUAGAUUAAUAAAAGAUAACUAUUGAUUAGUCGUAAAUGAUAAGUUAAAUAUUAGCAAAAUAAACUAGCUUAUCAAAUUUAUAAAUUUAGUUUUAUAAUAAUAGUUUAGGAGAAGCAGGUGCAAUUAAUAUAUUUAAAGGAAUUUCAUAAUGUACUAAUUUAAGAAUAUUACACAUUAAUAUAUCACAUAACAGCAUUUUAUCCUCUUCAAUAAUAAAUGGGUUUUAAUGUUUGAGAAAUUUGGAAAAUUUAGAAGAGUUAAUGAUUGAUUUUACAUCAAAUGGAUUAUAAAUAGAAUGUACAGAUACCUUAAGUAAUACAAUUUCCUAGUUUUCUAAUUUAAAGAUUUUAAUUAUUAAACUAAGCAAUAAUGAAUUAACAUAUAAAGGAAUUAAAAUAUUAACCGAAGCUUAUAAAAAGCUUAAUUAAAUAAAUUAAUUGCAUCUUAACUUUUCACAAAAUAAAGAACAUUUCGGGGAUUAAGGUUUUAUUGAAAUCGGAAAUCUUAUAGAAUAAUAGCCAAAAUUAACAGAUUUAUGUAUAGUCCUUUCAGUAAAUAAGUUAAAAAAUAGAGGAUUAGAGCAAUUUUCUUUAAGUUUAAAAAAACUAAAAAAAUUAAAAAGUUUGAGCUUAUAUUUAUGGGGUAAUUAAAUACAAGGAUCAGCUUUUUAAAUGCUAGGUUAGGCAUUAUAAGAAUUAGAAAAUUUACAAGAUUUACAAUUGAAUUUGUCAAAUAACAAAAUUACACUUUAAGGAAUAAAAGAAAUUUCAAAAGGUUUAUAAUUAAAAAGUAAAUUAAAAAACGUAAAAUUAAUUAUGGAUGGAUGUGAUUUAAAUACAGAAGAUAUGGUAUAUAUUGGGAAAAUUAUUGAAAAUAGAAAUUUAAAGAGUUUUUAUUUAAAUAUUUCCAAUAAUAAAAUUAAUUUUGAUGGAAUUUCACAUUUAGCUUAAGGAAUUAGAAAUUCUCUAAAUUUAGAAGAAUUAUCUUUGAAUUUUAAUCAUAUGGGUGGUAUAUCCGGGUUAGGUCAUAUUUUAUUGUUUUAACAUAUUGUAAAAUGUGAAAAACUUAAUAGUUUAUUUUAUAGUGCAUAAUAGUGUGAUAUAAAAGAAAAAGAAUUUGAAGAAAUAACUAAAAUAUUAGGGCCUCAAAAAAAUAUAAUAUAUUUAAGCUUAGACUUAGAUAAUAAUUUAAUUUCAGAUAAAGCAAAAAGCUAAUUUAAAUUAGAUAUUGAAAGUUAUUUUAAACAAAAUAAGCUUAUAGAAUUAAGUAUAUGA